UGUGCAGCUUAAUGCUCCCAAAGGCUCUUUGACAGCUUUCAGCUGCUUUCGGAAAGCCCUGUGGAUUUGCAAGAGAAAAGAAGAAGGAAUUGUGGAUUUCCGGGAGUUCCGAGGCUAUUACCUGGCUGGCACUUACACUUCAAAUUCCACACAGCGGUCGUUAUGGGAAGCCCUACAGCUCUGUAGAUUUCAACGAAGCAUUUGCAAUGGAGUUGGGAUGAUCAAAGGAGAGUACAGAACUAUAUUUGCAACCCGAAUUCUACUCAUCGUUGGAGCCCUUGGAGAUGAAAGCACCGCAUAUUUGAAAUCACCUUGUCUCCCAGGGCACUAUGGUCCUGAAUGCCAGGGCAGUUGCACCUGCAAUAGAAUUGAAAACUGCAGCCCCUUCACUGGAGAAUGUGCAGAGAAUUUACAGUGUUCUCAGGAAUACGUGGCACAGCAGUGCCAAAAAGGCCUGGAUAACCUCAGUGUUAUGGAAACCUGUUUGGAUUUUCUCGUUGAGUGCCUUGCAAAGCGAUGUGGAGAAAUCAAGCAGGAAGAAUCAGCUUGUCAUAGAUGGAUAGCUAAAGUCAUCACUAGAAAAAGCUGGCUUGGCAGCCUGAGCUAUAAACUCCAGUCAAACUCCUGGAUCAUGCCUGAUGGAGAUAGAGCAGCGCCUCGUUGGGGUUUCAAAGCAGUUCAAGAUUUGUGUGUGCAGAUUGAACCCAUAUCUGGAACCUUCAUUUCCUUUGCCUGCUCUGAACGGGCUUCGUGGAUCUGCAAGGGAGCCCCAGUUCCUGGAGCGCUGGAUUCCACGUAUAAGUGGUGGACAACGUUGACCUCGUCCCUUUUAGUUUCAAUUUUUGUAGUUGUCGUGAGUAUGUUUGUUACAUUUAAAGCGGCCCGGUGGAGAAGACAAGUGCUGGUAGAAAAGACUGAUGGGAAAGAGCAGAGAAAUAAAGUAGAGAUGGAGAACUUGGCUUCCUGGGACAAAAAGGCCCUCAAGUCUGAAAGGAGCAACCCCUUGAAUUAGGAUGUAGUGUUUGUGGACUCUGAAGGCAGUCUCAUCCUAUCCUCUGUGGAUUGAAGAUUUGGCUUUCAGGAAGAGGUUUGAAGUAGGGGAAACAGGAGAUAGAGCACUAUAACAGAUAGGGAAAUAUUUAACCUGAAAUUUGUUGAAUGUCUUGAUUUUUUUGGUGUUUAAAUCUUUCUCUGAGCUCCCACCCUCUCUAAUGACUCUAGUCUGUCAUAAGCAGGAUCUGUCAGAUGACACAGCACUACUUUCAGCAAAGCAGAACAUCCCUAGAACAUGACUAGUCAAAUACAUUUCCUUAAAUCACCUUGCAUUUCUUUCAGAGAAGUUUUCAUCUGUGUUAUUUCUUCUUUAAGCAGUUCAAUAAACUCUCAAA